AUGCACUAUGGUCCCGCUCCGAUGGGGCGCGUCGGACGGCGCAUCUUCAGAAAAAAGCGGGUCCAGCUCAGAAACGGUCAUCUGGUCGUCGAUCUGCACGUCCCGCCGAAGCUCAUCUUGCCGUAUCGCGGGGAGCUUGAGAUGAUGCAGACGCGCUACACGGCUAUCACUUGUGACCCCGACGACUUCAUGAGGGAGCGAUUCUUCCUCCGGCAAAACGAAAGUGGGCGCGUGACGGAGUUAUUUAUUGUCAUAACCAUGUACAAUGAAGACGAAGUUCUGUUCUGUCGUACGCUUUACGGCGUCAUGCGUAAUAUCUCACAUCUCUGCUCGCGAAAGAACUCCCAGACAUGGGGCCCUGAUGCCUGGAAAAAGGUCGUAGUCUGCAUCAUCGCCGACGGCCGACGCAAAGUGCACCCGCGCAUACUUGACUGCCUGACCCUACUGGGGGUGUACCAGCCAGGCGGACACAUGAAGAACAUGGUCAACAACAAGUCUGUAACGGCGCACAUGUUCGAGUACACGACCUCGUUCGGACUGGACGAUAACCUGCACUUCAAGUACCCCGACAAGGGCGUCGUACCGACGCAGAUCAUCUUCUGCAUGAAGGAGAAGAACCAGAAGAAGAUUAAUAGUCAUCGAUGGUUCUUCAAUGCGUUUUCGCCGAUGUUGCAGCCGAACGUCUGCGUUCUUCUGGACGUCGGAACACGUCCCGGGAAGAACAGCAUAUACCGGCUUUGGAAGACGUUCGACGUUAACUCGAAUGUCGGCGGUGCUUGUGGUGAGAUCGCGGUGUACAAGGGCAAGAACUGGCAAUAUCUCCUGAACCCCCUAGUCGCAGCCCAAAACUUCGAGUACAAGAUCAGCAAUAUCCUCGAUAAACCUACUGAGAGUAUGUUCGGAUAUAUCAGCGUCUUGCCAGGAGCGUUCUCCGCGUACCGGUACAUCGCUCUUGCGAAUGACAAGACCGGUCAAGGUCCGCUAGCUUCGUACUUCAAAGGCGAGGUUUUGCAUGGCGCCGAUGCUGAUAUUUUCACGUCGAAUAUGUAUUUGGCCGAAGAUCGUAUUCUUUGCUUCGAACUCAUCGCCAAAAUGAAUCACAACUGGGUCCUCAAAUACGUCAAAGGCGCCAUCGGCGAAACGGAUGUCCCAGACACGUUGCACGAGUUCAUCGUCCAGCGGCGGCGGUGGAUCAACGGUUCGUUCUUCGCUGCCGUGUACUCCGUAGCGCAUGCUGGCCAGAUCCUACGGUCGGGCCAUUCAUUCAGCCGCAAGGUGUUCUUGAUGAUUGAGAUGGUGUAUAACAUUAUUACUAUGUUAUUUGCGUGGUUUGCGCUGGGCAACUUCUAUAUAUUCUUUGUCAUAUUAAGCUCUUCGUUGGAGGACGCAUCGUUUGGUAUAACGGGAAUCAAGUACUUCAACUCAGUGGUUCAAUACUUCAUGGCGUCGAUAGUAAUCGCGUGUUUCCUAUUCUCAAUGGGUAACAAACCAAAGGCGUCACAAUGGAAAUACAAGCUUGCAUCCAUAUCUUUCGCAUUGCUGAUGGUAUACGAGAUCAUUGCCUCCAUACUGUGCGCUAUCUCCGUGUACGGUCAGUCCGGAGGUUCGAUCAUUGUGUUCAGUGUCGUCAUCACCUACGGAGUAUACGCGAUUAGCAGCUGUGUGGCGCUCGACCCCUGGCACCUGUUCACGAGUUUCCUCCAAUACAUGCUCCUCAUGCCUACGUAUACGAAUAUUCUCAGCAUCUACGCUUAUGCAAAUAUUGAUGACAUAUCAUGGGGUACGAAGCAAGAUAACGUCAUUGAGAUCGAUCUCGGUGCCGCAAUCCAAGGCGUGGACUCCCAUGUCGACAUCGAGAUGGUCGCUGGUGUUGCAGACAUGAAUUCCAUCUACGAGGAAGCGAUCGACAAUCUCAAACACCGAAAGCCGCUACCCUCGAAGGGCAGUACCCUCGCACUGAACCAGGCGGAGAAGGAGCAGGCUGCAAAAGACUACUACGCGAAUGUCCGAACGAAUGUGCUCCUGUUUUGGGUGCUUUCCAAUGGCGUACUGCUUCUGGCCAUUCUCAGCGGCGUAAACUUUGCUGAGACGUUCAGCCCCAACGCGGGUAUAAACCGCACCAAGGGCUACUUGAUGUUUAUCCUCGCCUUCGCCGCCAUUACCAACAUCGUCCGUCUCGGCGGAUCAACCCUGUACAUUCUAACACGAAUAUUCACGACAUAG